CCUCAACCAGUCUUCUAGCCCCCUGGCAGUGCAGGUCACUCCCCAGGUCCUUCAUCCACUAAACAUCCCUGAGCAGCUGCGAGGGCUGGACCUAUGCUGAGUGUGCACGUGGAAUCUGAGUCUGAGUCUUCCAGCAGGCUGAGCCGUACCCCUAGGACUGGUUCCAUCUGUACAAAAAGGAGGACAGUCCUCCCCGCUCCCUGCGGUCUAGGUGCUGCCCAUGCCGUGGAAGCAGGGGCGACGUCUCUGCAGAAGCCCAUCUGAGACAGGGAGAAGGUGCCAUUCCUGGAUUGUGGAGAAGAGACAGUGUGGUCAAGUGUGCAGCGUGCCGGGUAAGCAGCACAUGAGCAGCAAAUGAAUUGUUCAUUUUACAGGAUUAGCUGCCAGUUUUACCCGAUAGGAAACUGAGGCUCAGCGCAAAGAGCCCAAAGUCACAUACAGCUGCUGAAGAGGCAGAGGCUGCGCUUAUGUUGUCCCAUAGUCUAUGGUCAAGGGGUCCCACAUGGCAGGGGGUGGGGGGACCCGGAACAGGGGCAGGGAACUCUACGGGCUGACUGGUAAGGUGUGGGGAGAGGUUGGACAGCAGCAGAAGGGGAAGAAUCGCGUUUGAGGUGUGAGCUGGCAGACGAGGUUACUCUUAGACCCAGCUCCACUGGCCCACACCCCGGUGGUGCCCCAGCACAGCUGUGAGGCGCGGCGCCUUUAAAGCCUAACUAGGGGUGUGUCCGGCGCAUGGAGGGCCCGCCCCUGGGCGUGUCCGUCGGGCGCCCCACCCAGAGGCUUGUAGCCACGGCCCCGGGAGGCGGCGUCCGCUCUGGCUCAGCAGCCGCUGGAGUGGCGGUGGCGGCGGCGGCGGUGGUGGCUCGUCGCCUCCUCUCUUUUGGGUGGCUUCCCCGCGCGCUGCCCUGGGUGCCUGGCGACACCUGGACACAGGCGGCCAGCUGGGCUAUGGCCCCUGUUCCACACCGUGGCGGGUGGGCACGGGGGCGCCGGACGGCGCGGCCCGAGUGAGGCGGGGCCGCCCUCCCGCCCUCGACCGGGGCCACCCGGGAUGGCCGUGCCGCCACUCCGCCGGGCGCUGCUGCUGUGGCAGCUGCUGGCGGCAGCGGGCGGCGCAGCGCUGGAGAUCGGCCGCUUCGACCCAGAGCGCGGGCGCGGUCCCGCGCCGUGCCAGGCGGUGGAGAUUCCCAUGUGCCGCGGCAUCGGCUACAACCUGACCCGCAUGCCCAACCUGCUGGGCCACACGUCGCAGGGCGAGGCGGCCGCCGAGCUGGCCGAGUUCGCGCCGCUUGUACAGUACGGCUGCCACAGCCACCUGCGCUUCUUCCUGUGCUCGCUCUACGCGCCCAUGUGCACAGACCAGGUCUCGACGCCCAUCCCCGCCUGCCGGCCCAUGUGCGAGCAGGCGCGCCAGCGCUGUGCGCCUAUCAUGGAGCAGUUCAACUUUGGCUGGCCAGACUCUCUUGACUGUGCCCGGCUGCCCACCCGCAACGACCCGCACGCCCUCUGCAUGGAGGCGCCUGAGAAUGCCACGGCCGGCCCUGCCGAGCCCCACAAGGGACUGGGCAUGUUGCCCGUGGCACCACGACCCGCGCGGCCCCCCGGAGAUGCUGCCCCGGGCCCUGGCGGUGGCACCUGUGAGAACCCGGAGAAGUUCCAGUAUGUGGAGAAAAGCCGCUCAUGCGCGCCGCGCUGCGGGCCUGGCGUCGAGGUGUUCUGGUCUCGGCGCGACAAGGACUUCGCGCUCGUCUGGAUGGCAGUGUGGUCGGCCUUGUGCUUCUUCUCCACUGCCUUCACUGUGCUCACCUUUCUGCUGGAGCCUCACCGCUUCCAGUACCCGGAGCGCCCCAUCAUCUUCCUCUCCAUGUGCUACAACGUCUACUCGCUAGCCUUCCUCAUCCGGGCGGUGGCCGGGGCCCAGAGCGUGGCCUGCGACCAGGAGGCAGGUGCCCUCUACGUGAUCCAGGAGGGCCUGGAGAACACCGGCUGCACCCUCGUCUUCCUGCUGCUCUACUACUUUGGCAUGGCCAGUUCACUGUGGUGGGUGGUGCUGACUCUCACCUGGUUCCUGGCGGCCAGCAAGAAAUGGGGCCACGAGGCCAUCGAGGCGCAUGGCAGCUACUUCCACAUGGUGGCCUGGGGCCUGCCUGCGCUCAAGACCAUUGUGAUCCUGACCCUGCGCAAGGUGGCAGGGGAUGAGCUGACUGGGCUCUGUUACGUGGCCAACAUGGAUGCAGCCGCGCUCACGGGCUUCGUGCUGGUGCCCCUCUCCUGCUAUCUGGUCCUGGGCACCAGCUUCCUCCUGACCGGCUUCGUGGCCCUCUUCCACAUCCGCAAGAUCAUGAAGACCGGGGGCACCAACACAGAGAAGCUGGAGAAGCUCAUGGUGAAGAUCGGGGUCUUCUCCAUCCUCUACACAGUGCCCGCCACCUGCGUCAUUGUGUGCUACGUCUACGAACGGCUCAACAUGGACUUCUGGCGCCUGCGGGCCACAGAGCAGCCCUGCUCAGCAGCCACCUUGCCCGGGGGUCGGAGGGACUGCUCGCUGCAGGAUGGCUCGGUGCCCACUGUGGCUGUCUUUAUGCUCAAAAUCUUCAUGUCACUGGUGGUGGGCAUCACCAGCGGCGUCUGGGUAUGGAGCUCCAAGACUUUCCAGACCUGGCAGAGUCUGUGCCACCGCAAGAUGGCAGCUGGCAGGGCCCGGGCAAAGGCCUGCCGGGCCUCCGGGGGCUAUGGCCGUGGCACCCACUGCCACUAUAAGGCCCCCACUGUGGUCUUGCACAUGACUAAGACGGACCCUUCUCUGGAGAACCCCACACACCUCUAGGGACACAGGCCUGCGUGGGGCGGCUGUUGCCCCCUCCUAGCCCCCCUCCGGAGGAGACAGCUGACUAGCAGCUGCCCAGCUGUCAAGGUCAAGCAAUUUCUUUGGAAGCCGUGACUGGAAUAAACCCCCAUGUGGCACCGCUGAGUCUUCUCUGGACUGGAAAGGGGGAAGGAGGCCCCAGGGUCCAGCCCCACUGCCAGCCAAGGAGAGGCCCAAGGUCAACUGCUUCCUGUUGUAAUAGGGCUGGGCCCCAAACCCAGGCCCUCUCUGGCCAGAGCCCUUGACCCUGCACCAAUGACCAGUCUCACAGGAACAAGAAAGAAACCAAAUGGAGCUCUGGCAGGUGAGGUCAGCCCCCUCAGGAGGGGAGGAGGAAAGGGCUGUCCCUCGCAAGGACAGGAGAAUUUGGCAACUCUUCUACCUUGGCUUCUUGUACGUGGAAAACUCCCCACUCCUCACCCAAAUCCUCCCCUCCUCACAGAGCACACCCUAAGUGCCUUCUUUGACCCUAAGACCUUGCAACUCCCCGGGGAGGGUCCCUGAGAAACAAGAUGAGCUUCCUAAAGGGGAUGGGGGCCCAAGGUGGGAAUGGGAGGGGCAGUGGCUGCACUCAGCCAGGCUUACAGGUCAGAUUUGCAGGAAGCCGAGCAGGAGCGGCUAGAGCCGAAGGAGAGGAUUCUGGAGACAGAGGAGAAAGGCAAGGGAUGGGUCUGGGCCAAGCGUGGAGGGAAGGGUAAGCAUGAGGAGUGGCACUGGUUCACCGAUUCCUUGCCAGUCAGUGGACUGGACGGUGCUGGGAGUGGCGCCUGGCUAUGUCCUGCUCAGCAGAAGCAAGACUGGCUUCCAAGACACCUGGGAUGGGGGCGGGGGGGCAGUGCAGCCAGGACCGGCCCCAAGGAGGUUCUGCUUUGAGGCUGAUGCAGUUCCAUGGGCUAGGACUUGAGAGGGAGGGUAGCCCUUGCCAGCUAAGGUGCUUCAGCGCUGGGCCACACUAUGGAAAGGGCCCAGAGCCGGGAGGAAAAUGAAGAAGGAAGCGGUAUUUAAAGACCUCUUGCAGAAAUCCUCCAUCUGAUCCUCCUCUCCCCAUUUUACAGAAAAGGGAAGUGUUGGAAGGGUUGGCUGGCUCCAGAUCACACAACCCAGGGAGACUAUGGCCUCCAGAGCUUCUGUGACGUCACCACACCACGGAUUCGCCGGGGCCUGGGGUGAGAUGGGCACGGUGGGUGUUACGAUCUAGGGUGUUCUGUCCUGUCCCCCAGUGGGACCUCUCCCCACCCACCAACAGGGAGCCCAGAGCCCAGUAUAGACGCCUCCAAAGCCAGCCCCUGCUGGCCUGUGCAGUGUGUGCCCGGGAGCCCAGCACAGGGCCCUCAGAGCAGCGCACUGAGCUGGGGUCCAGCAGCCAAGCCCGUCCGCGAGCGUCAAGCCUGAGCUUGUUCUAGGGGGAACUUCUGAACCGUGACCCUUCAGUCUCAUUUCAAGGGAAAAAAUUGAAAGUUUGGAGUCAGCAAGGGUGACCCUGACUGAGGCCAGAUUGAGAGGCGCUGGGGGGUCAAGUAGCUGCCCACACGCCCCACUCUCGGUCCCACCCUGCAGGACCUCCAGGAUGGUCGUAGGUGGGAAGAGGCCUGGAGGCCCCGGAUGGUCACGAAGAGCAGCCUCCUCUUUCCCCUGGUUGAGAGCCUCACUCGGUGCCUGCCUGAGGGGACCCUGGCUCUCGGGCGAGGUGGAGACAUGGUUCCCGUGUGGAAGCAGCACUGCCUGAGCAGCUGCUUUGGAAUCCAGUCACCACCUCAUGGCCACCUGACUGUGCCCUCUCCCCAGGGCCGGGUUCUAGGAGGAGGAAGAGUAAGGCAGGAUGAGGACGAGGUCUUGGGUGACUGUCAGGGUAAAGGCUCAGAUCCUUGUCCUCAAGAAGAAAGUUCCUGUCUCUGUAUGCAGCAGUCAACCAAAAUUUGGUGUCUCCCCAAGGUCACACCUUGCUAGGGAGGAAUGGGCUGGGAUGGUUUAAUAGGACCAGAUACAAACCCUAGGUGAGGUGACAAGGCCCCGAGGGCACUCUCCUCAUGUUGCCUAAGAAACUCACCCUAGGAACAGGACUUAGCAGAAGUGGGUGGGCUGGGAGCCCUAAGUUCAACCAUGAUUGUGUAGAAAACGCUCAGCAGUAGCCCUCUGGAGCUUGAGGGCAGGUCAAGUUCAACUUGACCUUGGGGCAAACCACUUCCUCGCCUGCAGGACUGAAAAUCCCUGAGUGCUCGGCGCAGAGCUGGCUUGAAGCCCAGGCUCACCAAGGCCACAGUGGGAGUCAGUGGCAAAACCCGCACCCAGGGCUUAGGUUUCUCCUCAUUUCUUCCCAUUUUCCCUGUGCCAUCCUGAUGCAGCUGGUCAGGAAUGGGCGGUGUCACUUCUCAGUAAAUGGGAUCAGACAGGGGGCUCUGCAAAACCACGGAAUUCCACAGGCAAGUCACCACCCAGCAGUGACCUCCUCAAAACAACCACUCUGACUUUAUAAAACCUCCCAGCAUAAAAAAUAAAUGAAGGCAGUGAACAUUGGGUAUGUGGUAGAAUUGUUAAGCUGAGUAUGUGGGAAUUCGUUACAUUUCCAUUCUUUUUGUGUACUUUGAAGUUUUCCUUGCAAAAUACUUUAUAAUGUCAGGAGUUUCCCCAAAAUUAAGUCCUGAAGAACUACACAAAUUCUCAUUAAAAAAAACUUCCUCCUGGGAGUUCCCAUUGUGGUUCAGGGGGAUACAAACCUGACUAGAGUCCCUGAGGAUGGCUUCAAUCCCUGGCCUCGCUCAGUGUAUCAGGGAUCUGGCGUUGCCGUAAGCUGUGGUGUAGAUGGCAGAUGCGGCUCAGAUCCCACAUUGCUGUGGCUGUGGGGUAGACUGGCAGCUGCAGGUCUGAUUCAACCCCCCAGCCUGAGAACUUCCACAUGCCGUGGUGCGGCCCUUUUAAAAAGAAAUGAAAACCCAAGAACCCCCACAACAAAACCUCCUCCUGACCCCUCUACGUUUCAAAGGAAAUUACGGGGUUACCGGGACAGAGUCAUGGCCACAAGAGGCUUGAAGGUCAUAGCUUUGAUUACCCAGAGCAAAGAAACAGAGUAGAUGGAUCUGACCUGUGGUUAAAAAGACUAAGUCAGAGGUCCUCUCCCCAAGAACUGGUUCCAGGAGUCCAUGGGAAACGGCGCUCAGGACUGCACUGUCCACUACAACCUCCAAGAGCACAAAGAAAAAUUCACCAGCAGUGUUUCUUUUUUAUAAACACAAGUACAUAAUGUUUAUUUGAAAUUCCAAUUUAUUACAAGUUUACCCUUUAAUGGGGCCCUUCCUCCUUAAAGACAAUUUAAAAAACAACAAACAACUCAGGUGUCACUGAAGUGGGAACACAGAAUUCUCACUGUUAACAAGAACAGACUGGCUCUAGGGUAAGAGGCAGGGAAGGGGUUGGCGACUGGGGUUGUGAAACCAUACGUCAGUGCUAACUCACUCCAGGCCCAGGACAGCAGACCUGCCCAGCAGCCCCUGGAGCAAAUGCCAGGGAGGCCGGAGACAGCGACCACACCUUGAAGGUUCACUUUCAGAGGCUUUAUUCUCAGGUUCUGUGAGCGGCAGUCCCCUCGGUAAAGUUCUUUUCCCUUCAUUUAAAUAGGUACAGAAGAGCUUAGGUGCUCCAAAUUUCCAAAUUCAAAGUUGAUAGAAAAGAAAAUUAAACCCUGUUUUGCAUUUUUAUCAAAAUCUGCCCUUAAGACGGAAAGAAGACUACAAAGUCUGGCCUCAACAUAACUACUAGCGCUAGACUCACUGCAGGAAGGGGCCGCUGAGCCCCUCCAUCCCCCACCCUGACACUGGGCACGGAGGGACUCGGGUUCUCAGGGAGUCCCGAGUCUGAAGCCUGAACCACAUGGCAGGGGCGGCUGCAGGUGAAGGCGGCAGCAACAGCCACCAGGGCAGGCAGAGGGCUGUCCCGACCAGGUCCCCACUGCUUGCCCCGAUGGCCCCAGCCCAGCUUCUCUAACGGGGAGCAUGGGCUGAGGAGGAAACGGGCAAAAGUAAAGCAAACACCUUAUCAUAUAAAUUGUACUGUACAUGUGCCAAAGCAAGACGACAGAAAUGUUUUUACAAGAUGUUCUUUAUACAAGAUCACUGCUGAAACAAGCAACUUUUAAUAACUAGAAAAGUCAAUUUAAAAAAAAUUAAACAUUUAAAUUCUUCCUGCUUUUCUUCUGCUCCCCUAAGAGCUUGUCUGGUAUGUGGGUGGGCUGGGCUCCAACACCCUUCUGCCAGACCCAUCAAAGUCAAGGUUCUAUGCCUGGUUACAAGCAGGGCUCCAGUCUCUGAGUGAAGUGCCUUAGGUUUUUUCUUUGCCGGGGUGAGGCGGGGCGGGAGUGGGGAGAGAGCCGUCACGAAGGAGGGGAGGGGUAUUCGGGAAUGGCUGCGGGACAUGUCCCUUUACUCUGCCAAGAUCAACUCAACAGACCACACCUCUCUCGUGCUGCUGGUGAAUACAGAAUUCGGUAUGGCACUCACUGAUACCGUCACCUGAGGGAGAGCGGGGAGAGACAGAGCACGGGCUUAAAGAAACAAGACUGCGUAUAAAUA